AUGGCCGGCUACGUCUGCCAUAUUUUGCUGUUCUUUGUUUUCACACAGGAAACUGCUUACGGCACCUCGUUCGGCAACAGUCUCUCGGACACGCUGCUGGAUCCAGACUUCAUCGACAGUCCACCGAUGGUGCAGCCGAAGUUCACCUCCCGCUCGCAGUCGAUACGGGCCGUCAUCGGCGACACCAUCACACUUCCCUGCGAGGUGGAAAAUCUGGGCCGGAAUAUCCUUCUGUGGCGACGAGGGAGCGCCGUCGUAACGGCGGCCAAUCUGAUCAUCACCCGCGACGCCCGGUUCAAGCUGCUCGAGGGCUACAGCUUGCAGAUUAAAAACGUGCGCCCGCAGGACGCCGGGGAUUACAACUGCCAGAUCGGUGACCACGACAACCGGGAUCUGGUGCACACAGUCGAGAUUCUCGUGCCGCCCUCGGUGCGCUCGAACCCGGAAACUGGCCACGUCACCGUUCGGAAGGGCGGCUCGGCCACGCUGGAGUGCAAGGCCUCCGGCAAUCCGGUGCCGAGCCUCAGCUGGACACGGAAGGACUCAAUACACGGAUCGCCGCAUCUCUCCGAGGGUCCCACCCUGACGCUGGACAACGUCAACCGGCAGGACAGUGGAACGUACCGGUGCUACGCGGACAACGGCAUCCGGGAGCCGGUCUUCGUCGACAUGCAGCUGAUUGUGCUCUCUCCACCCGAAAUCACAGUGGAAAAAUCAUGGGUCCACGCCGGCGAAGGAUACGAAGCCCAGCUCGUCUGCACUGUGCACGGCGAUGCUAAUCCGGAGGUCAUGUGGUAUCAGGAUUCCUUUUUGCUUCAUCCCAAUGAUAGGCGGACGAUGGAUACACGAGGGGAGAAGCAUUAUCUCGCAAUAAGGAACGUCCGAUCCUCGGAUUUCGGAAACUACAGUUGUGUGGCGGAAAAUUCUCUGGGACGCGCAAAGAAAUACAUCGAAGUGUCGGGACGGCCUGGACCGGCCCAGUUCCACUCGCCAAUGUACAGCAGAUAUCGGGAAAUGUACAACCUAACAUGGAGCAUUGAAUCAUUCCCACUGAUAGAGGAAAUAAGAUUACUCUACAGAAAAUUAUUGAUGAACGAGUCUUAUCAACACCCGGGCAGAUGGCACGACAUCAUCCUGAGCCCACCGUCGACCCGUUCUGAAUCCUAUCGGCACAUCAUGACUUACACCAUCAAGGGACUGGAUCCGAACUCCGUCUACGAGACGAUCGUACAGGCGAAAAAUCGCUACGGAUGGAAUGAGGUUAGCGACAUUUUCCAAUUUUACACGCUCAGCACCGAUAUGCCGAACGAGGACGUGGGGCAGACGCUCGGUUCGACGGCGUACGGGAACGACUACCGGGCACUCAGUGGCAGCGGAACACUCGGGAAAAGUUUGGUUUCGACGGCAUUCCUCCUGAGCUUAGCGACGACCGUGCGGUGGCUGAUGACAAUGUAA